GCUCAUCUCGCUGGUUCGCGCAAACAUACAUGCUCUCUCUCUCUCUCUCUUGAGAGGCCGCUCCACUGUGCAAGUAUAUAGAAUAGAGUGCCAAUACCCGAUGUUCGAGCAAAGUGACAGGGGCCAGUAGGCGAAGUCCCGAGUACCGUGAACACGGCCAGCAGCUCUCCAAUAACCUCUCAGCUGCUCAUCCAGCUCGGUUCCAGGCCCGAACGGUGCGUGUGUCUGCUUCUUUCAUCUUCUUUGUCUGGCCGUCAUUUGUUAUACCUACGCCGGUCUAUAGUGUGCGUGUGAAUGUGUGUGUUCGACGAGCUGCUGAUACGCUCAUCGUCGUCAUUUGCGAGAUCCGCAGCUUCUCCAGGGAGAGCAGCUCGAAUCGUCUAGCCGAAUACGUACAGCGCGUGCAUUAGCCGCGGGUUCCCCAUCAUCGUCGCAGAGAGCGAGUGUUCAGUGUAGUCCCGUUGGUAAGUAGGCGAGUAGUAUAAGUAUAUAGCAAUAGAGCCUGCGAGAGAGGUAGAGAAAGAGAGAGAGAGAGAGACGCACAGCGACACAGCACAGUAUACGGAAAGGGUGUGUGGGUGCGCGCUGUGUGUGUGUAUACGUAUACAGGAUCGACGGACGGACUCGACACUACGUCGUCUCAGUGCGCGCGCGCGUGCAAGAGGGCCGACGACGACGACGACAACGAGUAGCAGCAGCAGCAGCGCAGCAGUGUAGCUUCGUAUCGUACUUAUAUUCUCGCUCCGACGAGGAUAUAUCUUCGCGUGUCUGUGUGCAUGCGACUGAUAAGGUCCGCGCGCGCGAGAGCUGCCGUGUGUCUCUCUCUUCGACGACGCGGAAUAUCACAAGUGUUCGUGCAGCUCGCCAUCAUCAGCGAGGGGCGGAGAGAACGAUCGAAACAGCAGCAGCAGCAGCAGCUCGAGUGUAUAGAAGGAAGGGCUAGUCGCAGCCGCCGCCUGCUCAUCCGCUGCAGCUGCUCUCGACCUCGUCGCAUCACCCGGGGUCACCAUGGCUAACAGGGGUACGGCCCAGAGGCCAAAUGGCACGCAGGGCAAAAUAUGUCAGUUCAAACUGGUAUUACUUGGCGAAUCUGCUGUUGGAAAAUCCAGUCUUGUACUGAGGUUUGUUAAAGGUCAAUUCCAUGAGUACCAAGAAAGUACUAUUGGAGCUGCAUUUUUGACACAAACUGUUUGUUUGGAUGAGACGACUGUGAAGUUUGAGAUUUGGGAUACCGCAGGACAGGAACGUUAUCAUAGUCUUGCACCCAUGUACUAUCGUGGAGCACAGGCAGCUAUUGUGGUGUACGACAUAACAAAUCAGGACACAUUUAUGCGCGCGACAACGUGGGUGAAAGAACUACAACGGCAAGCCAGUCCGAGCAUAGUGAUAGCGCUAGCAGGAAACAAAGCAGACCUCGGAAAUAAGCGAGUCGUGGAAUUUGAAGAAGCCCAGGCAUACGCCGACGAGAACGGCCUCCUCUUUAUGGAAACAUCUGCCAAGACAGCGAUGAACGUCAACGAUAUAUUCCUUGCUAUUGCUAAGAAACUUCCAAAGAACGAACAAGCAGGAAACGCGAGUACAAGUGGGCAAGGGCGCCGACUAGUCGAAUCAGAAGGGCAAAAGCCAGCUACCGGCAACUGCUGCAAGUGAUUAACCAAAUCCGUAUGUGUUGCACACACUAAAUUGGUAUCUAUUUUUGCAGUAGUUAAAUUUAUGCUCACAUUAAUGAAUUGAAGAGAUCACUGGAAAAUGGGCCGAAUUGUCAGUUUUAAAAUGGCUUGAACUCGAGGUUCGCGAUAAAUAUCGUGUUGUGUAUCUCUGUACGCCAUUGACAUGUAUUUUUAUAACGAAAAACGGUGAAGGCAGGCGAAAUAAUUUUUCGAAUGCACAUAGCUGCGCAUUUAUAUCCUUCUUUGGGAUUCCGAAUUCUCAAUUGAUAAAGCUGAUUGACACUAAAAAAACAUGAGAAAAAGACAAGAAAUGAAAACAAAAACACUUUUAUAUUAGUAUUGCCAAGUAGGGAUCGCAAAGUUUAGUUAAUCAGAUUAUAUUACGUUUAUAAAUGUAUUGCAGAUUUUCAAGGCAAGCAAGCCUUGCUUUUACAUAUUAUAAUUUUUAAUAUUAUUAUUAUUAUUAUUAUUAUUAUUAUUAUUAUCAUAAUACUGUAGGGUAUUGAAUAGAGAAUUAAGUUUAAGGAGAAAUGCUCAUCAUAAAUGAAUUGUUGUACAAUGAAACUGAUUUUAUGCGUGAUGAACGAAUCAAGUAAUUUAGAUUUUAUAAACGUGAGAGUGUGCAUGCAAGUGCAUAUUGGUAUUCGAGUUGGAACCUUUUAAAUUGUUUAUUCACGCUGUCCAUUCAUAUAUAGUAAGGAUAAUGCACGUAAAAUUGCUAUUGUAUUCGACACUUAAGCAUAUUUGUUGUUGAUUGAUUCCUUAUUGGAUCGAAUUCUUUCUAAUUGUUACUUUUUCUUUCUCCGUCCUGAUGUAAUGUAUAAUUUAGAAAAAGAACCAAUCAUUUUGUAUCCUUGAUUCAUUUGUAGCUUGCCAAAAUGAAAUUAAAUUUUUAUUUGUCAAGACACUCUCCAUGCAUUUUCCGUUUUCUGGCUUUUGUCUCCAUUUGUUAAGUAGUUAGUAGUAGAUUAAAAAACAAUAAUGCUGGUCGACGAAAUAAUCCAAGCGUUUAGAAUAUAAACGUAUGUUGCGCUCUUAGAGUAUGAAAAACGAGCGGUAAGUAUAAAACUGCGUAUGACAUACACAAAAAUUGUUUAAUAUAACUGCUCGUAUCAAAACAAAUUUCGUACAGAACUGAAAGAUAGUUUUAACUUUGCUAUUAACCCAUGGAACACAAAAUGGCGCCGGUUGUCUAAGAGAUUUUCUAUUCUUAAAUGAUUUUGAUCUUUAAUAAUACGCAAAUUAGUUUCUAACUUUUUUUGUUUUAUUUAUUUUAUUGUUUUUAUAGUGCACUUGGUUCAACCGUUUGUAUUAAUAGAUAUUGAUUUCCGUUUGAUUUCAGAUUUGUACCAUAAUCAAGAAAAGUAAAUACAUCAUAAAUGUGUCCACAAUGAAUUUAAAUGGAGUAUACACCGGAAUAAACUACAAAAAGUGGUACGAGGUGAAAUGUGCGACAUGAACAAUUAUUACACGUGUGAUUGAGAAUCACGUAUAUGCGUAUCCUCAAUGCGAUCUAACGAUGUCACCUUUUUUUUGAAAGAAAAAAGUUAAGGUCUGCUGUAAUCGCGCGCACGCGGAACUCCCGUUUGUAAUUUUAGUAGCAAAAACUGGGCGGUGUUCGUUAUAAAUAUAUAAAUACACGAUAAGAUAAAUCAUAUAGGUGAUAUGAUUUGUGUAAUAAGUAAUAAUAAUAAUAAUAAUAAUAAUAAUAAUAAUAAUAAUGAUAAUAACAACAACAGAAACAACUACACACUGAAAUAUACAUGUAUAUAUGCAUAUGUAAAUACAUAUAUACAUGUAUAUGCGUAUAUGUAUGGUAAUAAUAUUGACAAAAAUUUUGGCACGCAAAUCUUGUAAGAUAGUAGAGGCCAUUCCUGCUGCUAUAAUUAUUACGCAUUCUCUUUGUUAGGAAUCAUACCGUGUAUAACACUUUUACUCUAAAAUAUAUUGUAUAUUAAUUUUAUCGAUAAAAAAUCAUUAUAAAUUAUAAACGAUUAUACGAGGAGAGAGAAAAAAUAAACUUGUGAAUAUUAAAAAAUCGAACGCUCUUGAACUCUACGUUAUCUUUUUUUCUCAAGACCAACUUCGGAGGGUUUCUUUCGCUUUACGGAUCUUUAUGAUGAUUUUUUUUUUAAAAUAAAGUGCAAUUGUCCAACGUUUUCGUCAACAAUGUCCAAAAAACUUGCUGUGCAGUGCCAAUGUAAGAAAAGAGCCCUUCAAGAUCUCAGCAAGGAGUCAUUUGAGUUCGCUGAUACUAUAGUAGAUGUCGAAAGGAUUUUUCUGUCAGAGUGCGAUUUGGUUAAAAAAUAUCUAUUGUCCUCGAGGAAAUUGGUAUCAGAACCUAACAUACAGUACACCGUGGAUUACGAUGACCUUUGCAAACCCUGGCCUUCAUCCGAGCAUCCGACAUUCAAACAAUAUGACGAUGUCGCUCUCAAACCAAUGUUGUGCACUUGGAAAUUCAUUAAUAUACAAGAUAUUGAGUGCAUAAAACAGCAUUUGUUUGAUAAAAAUGCAAUUAAAUUUAUUAUUGGUACAAUUGUAUAUUAAAAUUAAUUAAUUAAUAUACGUUUAAAAAAGUG